CAUUCUAAGGCAUUUAAGAAGCUGGAGCUGUGUGGAGAUUGGUACUCAUCUGUGUGGAGUAGGUGGAAACAGAAAUGCCUCAUACCCCUCGCCAGCGCUUACAGCCUCGAGCUCCCGUUUGGUCAGAGACAGAAACUCGAGAUUUCCUUGCCCUCUGGGGUGAGCUGUUGAUUCUAAGGUGGAUUGAAAAUCGCCCACCAAACAGUGACAUCUAUGAGGACCUUUCAGCCCAAAUGAUCGCCAGGGGUCAUGAGCGCAAUGCAUCGCAGUGCAGGAACAGGGCCCGGGACCUCAAGCGGAGUUAUCGAAGGGCCAAGGAUGCGCAAGUAUGCGCAGGAGCUGAACCAGUUUCCUGCCGCUACUUUCGAGAAUUGGAUCAGAUGUUUGGUGGUGAAAUGGAUGGAGUAGCCAAUCGAGGCCUGCCUGGUAUGGAUGGGCCCAUGCGAGUCGUCGUGAAAACUGAAGAUGCAGAAGACAUGGAGGCUCAAGUCUCAGAAGAAGAGGGCAACCAAAUGACACCACCAAACACCCUCUCGAGCAUGGAUGCAGACACCGACACAGAAACAGAACCAAAUCUGGGGAUCUCUCGAGAGCUGGUGGUAGCAGAUCCGGACGUGAUCGAAACCACAAUUGGGGAGGAGUGUUCUGAAGACAAAGCAGUGCCUUUAUGUGGACAACCAAGGGCUGGACCCAGUGAAGAUGGACACCACACUGUAACCGGCAGAGGCAGACGAGACAAUUCCCUUGGGCGUCCCCUGACAACGGCAGAGAGAAUGGCAUCCAUGCGGGAGCGAAAGAGGCGCUCACAUGAAGAAAUGAUGCACGAGAUCAUGACUGACUAUCGGAGGACCUGGGAGACCAUGGAGGCCCUUCACGAGAGGGGAGAAAUCAGUGCAGGGGAAUUUCGUGAGGCAAUGUUAAGGGAAAUGCUUUUGGACAGGGAGGCCCGGACCCGGGAAGCCCAGCUAGACCGUGAAUCCCGGGCUCGGGAGGCCCAACUGGAUAGAGAAGCAAGAGCCCGGGACAGCCAGUUGGAUAGAGAAAUCAGGAUUAAGGAGUUGAAUAUGAUUGAGGCUGAGCUCCAGCGCACUCGAGAUAUUCUCCAUCCAAUGGUUGAUGCUGUGGUAUCUGUGGCUGAGGUCCUGCGGACGACAGGCAGUGUCCAACAGCAAUCUUGUCAGCCACAGCAGAGUGCAAAAAGUUCCAUUUUGGAAUUGGAGGAUAGCACAUAAUUUCCUUUUGUCGUUAAUAGUAUGCAGAUACUGUGUUGGACAGAAAGGAGGGGCAAUAAGGAGGAGAAGGGUGAAUAGAAAAUGGUUUCCUCAGGAGUUUGAAACGCUACAGCUGUCAGUUUCUUCUGAAGGACAUUUUCUCUUAUUGAAUAAUCUCAGCUGAAUUCACCUGCCUUCCACUGCCCUGGUUGGUCCAGUGUGUUUAGAGAAAUCAUGCGAUUGUGUGUGGUUUUGGAAGAGGAGAGACAUUUGAAAAGAGCAUUGGCUGAUUGUUCAAAUCUUCACCUUUUCUACAGCCAAGUCCCAUGCCAGUGGCUGUGCAACUUGGGUUUUUUUUCCUGAAUGUGCCAAGAAAAUUGGAAUAGAAAAUUAUAUUUGGGUGCCCUCAAAAGGGAGCUGCCCGUGUGUGAGU